AUGAAGUCGAAAGAAACACUGAAAUUGACGUUCAUUGCUUUAUUCUCCUUUCUUUUUCAAUAUUAUCUCUCACGUUCGAGCGUUUCAGAAGCAUUGUCAAAAAGAAUUGAAAUUGCAACUCCUAUAUCUAACUUUCUGCGAGUACAAGAAGGGCUUUUUCUAUAUCGCCGUGGACUUGAUCCAUACGAAGGAGGGAUUUAUUUUCAGUCCCCAUUACUUUUGUUUCUCCAUUUCACCUUUGAAUUAUUAGGGGGAGUCGAUGCAAUACGCAUGCUUUAUUCCUUCUUAACUGUAGCUAAUGGUUGGUUUGUUUACAGUAUUUCAAAGAAGUUUCAAGAGAAUAGGAAACGUAGAGAACUUUAUGCUGGAACUUCUUCUUUGUGGAUUUAUAUCAUUUACCUGCUGAAUCCACUUACGUUUCUUCCGACGAUAGCUUGUUCAAGCGAUGUUGUUUUGAAUUUUUUUACGCUUACUUUUGUUUACUUUGCGAUUCAAGGUUAUCAAGUGGGAUACGCUUGCACUACUGCCUUAAGUCUAUUUAUUAAUCCGAGUACAAUUUCUCUUGUUUUACCCAGCUACUAUAUCUUGAGGCGAAGCAACCAAAAUGUCCAUCUUUCCAAGACGCUUAUUAUUUUCUUAUUUUACAUGUCUUGUCUGGUAUUUGGCUCAGCAAUUCUCUUAAACUCAUAUAAUUUUUUGAUGGCUCCACUUCAUGUGUAUAGGAACGCUCAUGACCUCUCUCCUAACAUCGGACUUUGGUGGUAUUUUUUUACUGAGGUUUUUGAAGAAUUCCGAUUGUUUUUCUUAUUUGUUUUUUCUGUAGCUCCCGUCAUGUUCAUCAUCCCAAUUACCAUUCGUUUGCGGAAGCUACCUUUAAUUGCGACUGUCCUAAUGAUGGGAAUACACGGCAUAUUCAAAAUUUAUCCUUCCAUUGCCGAUUAUUCAUUGUUUGUAUCUCUCCUUCCUAUCUUUGGAAAAGUUCAGGAAAAUAUGAAAUACAGUCUUUUAGCAAAUAAUGUAAUAGUUUUUGCUUUCGUUUUAGGGACAACGUUCUACCAUUCCUGGAUCACUCUUGGUUGUGGGAAUGCAAACUUUUUUUAUGCUAGCAAUCUGAUUCUAGCAAUAGGAAUCUCCCUCAAAGCGAUGGAUUUCUUGAGAGCAGUACUGAUGAUUGAGUGGAAAAGUGAGCAUCCGGAAAAGAGAGAUGAGUCUUUAGUACAAGUUCCUUAA